CCUCGGGCUCUCUCCUCCUCUCUGCACGUCUGCUUGCAGAUCAACGGCUUUGUGCAAAUCGACAGAGAAGAAGUAGAAGAGCAGAAAUCAUGCUUUCUGAGAAGUUUUACCUGCGUCUGCUCACACUUUUGACCUUACUGACAGCACUGGCUUUCACAGAUGUCGCAAGUGAGAGCAAGCUGGAAAAACUUUUGAUGAAACGAGUGGACAGGGAUGUAAAGCCGGCUGCAGUGGUGGCCGUUUCUCCCUCCAAAGCCAAACAGUUCCUGACCUCCCUGAAAAGGCCUAAAAGAAACCUUUGGGACCGCAGCCGGCCGGACGUCCAGCAGUGGAUCCAGCAGUUCAUGUACAUGGGCUUUGAUGAAGCUAGACUGGAGACAGAUCUGGCGUACUGGAUGGAUCAGCACCGCUCCAGUGAUCAGGGUCGCCAGCAUCACUAUGAUGAAAACGCUGCACUGGGGCCUCGGGGAGCUGCUUCAUACAGACACGGGGCAAAUGUCAACUAUGACUACUACUAGAACGGUCCAUUCAACCAGAAACACGUCACUGAUGCCAACAAGAUGAUUCUCUGCUCUGAUUUACUGCACAGUGAUCUCAGCUUGCUUCUUUCUUUCUUCCUCUUUAGUUUGUGCUUCCUUUUGUAAAUGGAAAUAAAAGGGGGACAUGUAUUUUUAAUGGAACAGUUAAGGAUUCACAUCUUCAUCAUUUACGUAAUAAAAUAAAUUGCAAUUCCUAGAAAAAAAAUGUAAUAAACGUGACUCAUUCAUA